AUGGAGAGCGAAUCAGCCGUCACAGACGCAGUUUACGCUGUGCUCGUGAAGACUGCGCUUGAGAGCUUAGAAAAGUCUGAUUCAAUAAGAACGCUCACGGAGAAAGUGAACUUGCCGCCAACUCAUGCCAAAGCGAUGAGCUUGUCUAAUCUCAAUAUAGUAUUGAAAAAACUUAUAGUAAAUAUUUCCAAGCUAGAAACGAAAGCUUACGAACCACUUAUAACUGCGCUUUUGCGGUACCCUUGGAUGGAAAUCGGCGUGUCCGACUCUUCCCGGGAAAAGAUUGCAUUCCACUCCUUCGUGGACCUAUACUCCCAAUUUCUCAUAGUGCUCACUUCGUCAUUCCCUAGAUACCUACCUGAAGCCGUCAAAAAGAUUAUCGGAGAGUUUCCAGAUCUAGACUCUGACGUCUACCCACACCACAAGAUUCUCCAAACUUUCAUCAGAUGUUCCCCUACUUGCAUUAAUUUAAUACCCCGCACAUUAAACGGUGUUUCGCCACAUCAUGUUUCAUCGAGCACUGCUGAAAUAACAAAUUUUGUCAAGAACGCUAUUGGUGUGAUAUCUUAUUGCUCUGACUUGCUGUACUCUAUUUGGCAGUUGGUGGUUGAGCUUUGCAUCAAGUUGGAUGUUGAUUUACAGAAUGAGCUCGAUGACCUAGACGAUGAGGCUGUCGAGGAGCUUAUCAAUGGUGAAGAUGAUUCGGAUGACGUUGUGGAAGCAGAGGAUGAGGAUAACCUAGAAGAAAAUGGUGCCGAGGUUUACGAGAUCGCUUCCACAACGAAUAUAAAGCAGAUGGUGUCCAAACUUGACAAAGUAAUGGAAUUUCUUCUUACCAUCACAGCUCCGUCGUUCACUGUUGAAGAGAUAAACAAUGGUAACGGCGUACACUUAUUCAACACACUUGCAUCUUUAUUUAAGACUCAUGUCUUACCAACGCAUUUCACGAAACUGAUUCAGUUUCUCAUGUUUCACGUCUCCCAAUACCAGCCAGAGCUCGCCGACUCCUUCUUGGUGAUGCUAAUAGACGUUGCGUUUAAUCAAAAAGAGACUGCUGAGAAGCGUCUCAAAGCUCUUCAAUAUCUUUCAUCAUACAUUGCUAGAGCCAACAACCUCACAAGACACCAAGUGGUGUUCAUCGUCAGUUACCUCAUUGGAUGGAUUAACAAGUACAUUAGCGAAAGAGAGCACGAGGUUUUCGAGUUCUCAGACUCCUCCACAGGUGGCAUGGAGAGAUUCAAGCUAUUCUACGCUACAUUCCAGACAUUGCUUUACAUUUUCUGCUUUAGACACAAGCUACUAGUCAAGGAAGACCCUGAUCACGUAAACGGAGAGUGGGAGUGCGAGAUUGACAGGUUCUUCCAGCGUGUGAUUAUUGCCAAGUUUAAUCCCUUGAAAUACUGUGACGAGACAGUAGUUUCCAUUUUCGCCAAUCUCGCCACGAAGUUGAAUGUGUGUUACUGCUACUCCAUCAUUGAACACAACAAAAGAGAGCGCAUGAUUCAAGGUAACUCCAAGAUGCCCUCCACUGUUGGUAACUUCAGGCAUAAACAGGAGUUCUUAGAUUUGGAAGCAUACUUCCCAUUCGAUCCAGUUGUAUUGCCCGCUUCUAAGAAAAUUAUUGAGAAGAACUAUGUUGAAUGGUCACAGGUCAAUCCUGUCGACGAAGAUGACGAUGAAGAUGAUAGCGGAAGUCAUCGUGAAGAGGAUGAUGACGAGGAUGACAUUGACUCCGAGGGCGAGUCGGACGUCGAGGAAAAGGACGAGGAACAGGACGUCGAGAGUGCUGAGGAAGACAGUGAUAGGGAAGCUUAA